AUGCAUCCUCAUUUUGCCACCUUAAUCGAGUUUGACGACACUAAUUCAACCACUCACGUUGUGCUACCUUCGCUCCCUCGAACGAUAUCCAAGACACAGGGACUUGGAGAGCAUGGUGUCGAGGUUGUACCUCUCACUGCUGCAGACCGAGCACUCAGCCAUGAACUAUUCAUUCAACCUCUUGAACCAGUCGUCCGUAAGGACGAUCCCUUUCAGCCAUCAAACCAGCCAUCGAUCCAGCAGCAUAGCGGAAAUGCCCCUCAUUUCCUCGAUUCACUUACUCAUGAGGCCGGUCCUCACGCCCUAUCGAACCAACAACCUAACGGAAGCUCGCAUGGUGGCUCAAUCGCCAACUCCCUUGACAGUAUAUCACAUAUACCUGCGAACGAAGGAGAUCAUUGUAAGAAAGGGUUUGAGGUUCAAAGAGAACUCCGUCUUAGCUUCACCAGCAGAAUCGACGAUGUCGUGCAUCAGAACAACUAUCAUCAUCAUCCUGUCGAUAGCAUGGAAGGAAUUACCCGGGCUCAUUCUCAAGAGAAUAGUGAGAGGAAUAUACAGGUCAAAAAUGAGCCUCAGUCAAUAUCCUCAGCCAUUCACUUUCAACGUCAAGCGUCACGCCGAAGCCCAUACCAGACCCGUAGCAAAACUCUAUCGGAUGCUUCUACUGGUCAAGACAUAAAUACUAAAUACGUCCGGAACGACCAACGCAAGUAUUCGUCUGAAAGCCGGGAAUGGACACUGGACGCCCCCAGUACAUUUGGCUACGCCUCGCUCGAAUACCGGGAGGACAAAGUCCGGCUCAAGGACUUCACCACUUCAUGGUAUACGCAUUAUACUUCGAGCCCUCUCGAACGUCCUCCUGACCUCCCAGCUAAUCAUGUGGGACUCAAGCACAACGACAUCUUCCUGCACAUCCAUGAAGCUCAACCCGCGAAAUUUCUUUCUCGUGGGGGACAGCUGAUGAUUUCCAGACUGUUAGAGGGUGUUCAAAUGUGGAUUUGGAAUCAGGCAUCAUCGAAAUGGGAAAAAAUUUGUUAUGGCGAAAAGCGAAUUUAUCUACGCCCUUUCACGAACUUUAUCGACGGUCUCAAACUCUUGGAAAUAUCCAAUUUCUGUAUCAUGCAAUUGAUUGAAGAUCUCGAAGCUGACCUUGGUAUUGCCCAGAAUGCUUGGAAUGAAGCGGCAGAACAGAGGUCAGAAACAAUGUCUUUACUUCGCCACUCGACGGAAGAAGAACGAAAGGCUCUUACCCAGCUUGCCAUCGAUACAAACAAACUUCUGGUGUAUGCAGAAUCGUUCCUGAUAAAUUACGGAGUAACACUGGCUUCCUUUCACAAAAAGGUCUGGGUGUCAAGGAUCCCUUUCGAACGAGAAAUCGUUCAAAAUGCACAAGAUCUUCAGAAACUCAUAUCUCAAUCAUGCCGACUACGAGAACAGGUGCUAAAGGAUCCGCAACUUAGACAAACACUCAUCCAUCAAUUAAAGACUGGAAACUCGAACGGGUCUUUUCCACCCAAAGGAAGGUUGAAAGAAAGUAUUAUCAGCAACUCUAUGUUCACAACACGUUGUCGAGAAGCACUGAAGACCUUUGCUGCUAUUAUUGACAUAAACUUUCUGUUACAACAUCCAACUCUGUCGCUCCUUCCUACGGCCCAGCGUUGUCCAGUACUUGACACCACUGUCGCUUCUUCCUCCUUGUUACGAGUGGAUACAUCACCUCCAUGUGAAUUCCAAACGCAUGGUCAAAAUCAUUCAGAUACCGAUCAGAAGUGUAUUUCAGUUCUAUUGGAGGAACUCGAAGCUCGUUCACCACGAUCUCCUGAAGACAUGGUGUCGAUGUUCUUUGCUUUAAAGAAGCACCAGUUGGAACUGGUCCUUGAUGUCGUGGAUCAUUUUCGAGCUGAUGGACAGAGGAUCGUUGAACAAGACCUAUUGAAUGAUUACACGGACAAUAUGAUUGACCGAUUAGAGUACAAGCUGAAGCUGCUCCAGGAGAAACACUCCAAACAUAUGACCGCAAGUGUUUCUCUCGAAUGCGCAGGACAUACAACGGAAUAUUUGGGCAAUCUUUGGGGGAUCGGUCUUCGAUUUCUCUGUUCACAAGGGACCAUGAACACAGGAAACAAAGUUCUGAACGAACUAUACCAUCUCGGCGAUUCAAUCACUUCUCAUUCUGAAAAUUUUGAGAUGCACUUGUCCUUUAUGGAAAGACUUCAAUCUCUUGUUCCGCAACCACAGAAUGACUCAAUCUUCGAAACGAUGAUGGAGAACCUGCGGGUCAAAGAUCGCCCUACAAAUGAAGCCGUUUUUCAGUCAUGUCCUGAUGCGGAGAGGAAACACAAGGUUACUGUUUGUCUGGACGACGACACUAUUUAUAACGCCCUCGAACCUCAGGAUUCGCAUAGCUCUGAUAGUAUCGGACUUUCUGUAUCACUGCGCGCGCUCGCUGAAGAAUUUACUUUUGUAAAUCAAGAUUAUGUAUUUCCGAAGCUCUCACCUACCAUCGGAGACUGCGACCGUCUUCAAGGGUGUCUUCAUGGUACCUUAUCUAUUACUUCGAUUCCUGCUGCUCGCCCUAUCUCAACUACUUCCUGGAUAUCGGUGUCCUUGACUGGCACAAAAACAGACUCGUUUGAAGUCCAGAACCCGCAAACGCUCUUUCAGACUGCUUUCGUACCUGAUACAACCCAACUAGAGCUCUAUAACACCACUGCGGUACUGGAGCCUCUAUUGACAGUUCGUACUCUAGCAAAUUUUGUUUAUGGGCCGGCGGCGUCAUUUGGUGAGACUGAUAGAAUAGCAGUAUUGUUCGCAGAGUCUAGAAUUAUCACUCGGUCAAUGCGAGUGUUAUUCCAGAUGGGGCAGGCAGGGAGGGGCAACUCAGAGGAUUCAAGCUAUGAGGUUCAGGUUCAUUUCGGUUAUAUUGAUUAUCAGAAUGAUAUACUACAUCUACUCAUCCCGCGACGGACCCACGAUGAGCUACCGAUUAGGACCAAUGCAAAGGGCGAGACGUUGGUGGCUAGGCUGAUCAAAACACGAGCCAAGUCCAGGUCGUCGGACGAUUGGAACAAUGUAUUCUGGACCGCUUCACAAAAUCGAACAACUAGCGCCACGCUUUUCAAUCACGCUUCAUCUCACUCGUACGAAAUGUCGACAAUGGAAGUGGCACUAAUCGUCGAACACGCAUCAAAAACUCGAAACAUGAGUGCGUCCAUCGGCGAGAUUGACCCGAAUGAUUUGGUUACAUUCGAAAACAAUAUGCACAACAGAAACCCACUAGCCAAGUCAACUCAUCUUUCCGAAUCUGCAGCGAUCAUCAGGUUACUGUCGACGCUUAGGCAAGUUGUGCACGCACAAAAACCUGCCGCUUCCGUUCUUCUCUACUGCAAUUCUCCGCGAUCUACUUCCCCUGGAGGUGAAGAUGUAGGGAAGACGAUGUCAAUGUAUAACGUGGAUCCUAAAAUCAAGUUUCGCUCAGAUGUAUCGAAUUCCCUGAAUUCCACAUCACAGACGGAGAAUAUUUACGCUAAAGCGGUUGCGGAUGAGCUCGAAGGAUCCUUGAUAAGGCGAACUUCGAUUCAGGGCCAAUGUGUAUUGGUAAACCAAAUUCCUGUUCCCAGAUUAAGGAUUCCUCAGUAUGGAGUUGGCGUACACUCGAGAACCACGAGUGAUAACAGCGUAAAGGGGGUCGAAGUUGAGGCCAAGACUGAACUACUGGUUGUCGAAGCCAUGGACAUCUACCAACCUAGUAGCGUGACGAGUCCCUCACUGAUGGCAAUCGAUUGGGCCUCGAUGUUCUCGGGUUUUGUAACAUCCUUGACUGCCUCGCCAAUUCCGCCAUCUGGUUCAGGAAUAAAGUCUUUGUCGAUAAUCUCCACUGUACAUGUUUCUGGAAGCUCACAAAUUCAUCCUCGCGUCGUCCCCGCAGGCUUGUUGAAUUCUCUGGACAAUGCAGAAGCAGUGGCUUUUCAGCAACGAAGCAAAGUACUGACAGAAGCAAUCUGUAGUCUCAUAGCCUGCCUUUACAACAGGUCUCGCUGGAGGGGCUUUUUCUUCGAGACAACUUUUCUGCCUUCUGUUCAUUCAAGUAGGACUGCGUCCCCGCGGGUCACCUUCUCUUAUCCUAGAGAGGGUAGUCUUGCUGCAAACCACACCCCAGUCGAUCACGCUAUUUUCUGGUGGUUGAAUGCAGUCACGAAAUUUUCGAUUAUCUGCCGCAGAGACGUUGUGUAUUGCUGGAAUACCUUCAAAUGCAUUGGGGAAGAUCUUGUGACUUCGUUUAUUCACCUUAUUGAGACCACUUAUCUCUGGAUUGCCCUUGCUUCCAAUUUGUCGAUGGAAUCUCUCAUAGUCAUGACGAACAGGCUCACAGUCUACUGUCUUGUUUAUUCAACACAACAACCCCGAACAUGGGUAAUCACAGAGGUCGCAGGAUUCAGUUACGCUCAGACCAUAUAUCGAUGUCUCGCACUUUCGAUGGACUUCCGCUAUCUUGCAGUCUCGUUUGGCACAAGCGUGGAUAUCUAUGAUCUAAAAUCUAACGUGAACAAUCCUUUGGCUCGAUAUUCCGGACCUAACGAAAGAAAAAUCUCCUUCACCGCAUGGACAUCAGAGCUUCCCCGACUUGUGAUGUCUUUUGAAGGUGGCUCAGUGUAUAUCGUGACCAUGAAUGAACGGUCUUCAACGAUCGCGGGAUUCCAGCAUACUGGACGGCAUGAGCGAGCCCGAGUUCCUGCCGCAUUUCUCAAUAAGGACCUUAUAGCGAUAGCAAUGGAAAAUACAGUGGAAAUACGGAACUGUGUCGUUGACGACGAUGAUCAUCCUCAUUGGGAACUCCUACAAACACUUCCACAACCCAUCCAGGAAGGCAAGUCCCUUGCAGUUGGCGAUAUACAGUCAAUACAUGUGCUUGGACAUCGAAUUCUGCUUGCGUAUGACAAUGGGACCACAAUCAUAUGGAACUUCCAGCAGUCACAGUCCCCUGAGCUCACUUUCCAGUAUGAGGGUACGAUCAGACUCCCAGGUAUUAUAAAUGAUGUUUGUUCGAAAAAGGGAACCAUUUUGGUGACUGCCCCCGGGACUUACCAAGUCUUUUCAAUCGGAUCCAAGACAGCUCAGAAUAUCUUCAUUCCACGCGAUCCACUGGAACGGACACCACAAGCUGUAACAAGUGCUAGAUUUCUUUCAGAUGAUCUCAUAGUUGGGGCAGGGGUUGGACAAUUAGUACUUUGGAAUGCAGAUCUUGGCAAUAGGUUACAGAACUUGGUAUUCCGCAAUCAAGACCCUGCGGUCGCAGCGUUUCAUAUCUGUGUCAGUCCUCCAUCGGCCUACAAUGCUGAGGAAGAUACAGGCUGGAUCGUUACUGCGCAAGGCUCUGAAGUCACCUUCUGGAAAACAGUAGACUGUCUGGGUGGUGAAACAUCUGCUGAUUGCACUGGCAAUCCAUGUUUGCAAGACGGCAUAGCAGGAAAUGGGAACAGUAGAAAGAAUCGUGAAUCACAAUGCAGAGUUUGUUAA